CUGAGGUCAGUGAGCAGGUGUUUGUGCCUGUCCUGUCUGUCCGUGAUGCCUUGGCUCUUGUCCUCACGGGACGACCGAGCAUUUUCGUCUUCGUCUCCGUCCGAGCGUCAGUGCGAGCGGACGGCGUUUUCCUUCUACUGCGCGGUGAGGGAGCGGCUGCCGGUCUGGCUGCUGGAGGACAUGCGGAGUAUGGAGGUGUUCUGCUGGGAGGACGGACGCCCUCGGGCCUUCCUGCCGUCGGAGGCGCUGCUGUACGCGCUCGUGCACGACCACCAGGACUAUGCACGUUACCUUCUCAACAGGUACUCGGUGAGCGCGCUUAGAGCUCCACGUUGCAGUUUCUGCUGCCACCAUCGCAGCGGCACACCACACCUGAACGUGGCGGUGCGUUACGACCGCGUGUCGAUCCUCGGCACAAUGGCAGAGACGCUGAAGGACUGUAAAACGCAGAGCGAGCGUCAGGAGUUCCUGGACGGCUGCGGUAGCUGCUCGCACGCCGCUGACGCAGGAAAGAGUGCGGUGCAGCUGGCGGUGGAGCUUUCGCGCUCCGACUGUCUGCUGCUGCUGCUGGUUCGCGGCGCACAGCCCGACGGACUCGACGCCGCGCUGCAGGUGCUCGUCUCCUGCGACGCUUCACUUCGACGCCACGCACAGCGCUGCCUUGACCUGCUACUGCUGUUUCUGCCCAAACCGCAACCGCUGCGCUGCGUGCAGGAAGAGCCCCAGCGCUGGCAAAGCCUGCUGGGAAAUGAAGUUUUCGGAUGGCUGUGUGGUUUGGCCCCGCCCCCGCUCCUGCUGCAGGCCCUCAGGUGUUUGGCCCAGUCCGGACCAGAUCAGAUCAGCACGCUGCCCCACUUCCUGCAGCCGCACAGCUGGCAGUGACAUCAUCUGUCACCAUGGAAAUAACUCUGUAAUCCUCUCAGGCCUGCUGUGAUUGGAUGGUUUUGUUGAUGAUGUAAUGACAAACCGACCUGAUCACUGAUCAGCGGAAAAUCUCAUAUCUCCAGAGCGUGGGUUUGGUGACAGACUUUAGGACCAUGAGGAGAAAGAAGGAGCAGCUGUGACGCUUCACAACACAUACGUCGUCUGUGAACGUGAUGACAUCAUCUUAGUUACGUUGUGGUAAAUCGGCCAAUCAGAUGACGUUUAUACAAAUAAGUCAUCAGGUCUUAACUGACAUCGAACUUCAAAAUGGAGGAUAGAUUGAUCAUUGAUUAUUGAUUAUUACUGAUCAUGUACUUGAUGAUCAGCUGGGGAACCGAGCUGCAGUCGGCCGUGACACACGGCGCUCCUGUUGAUCGUCCCGAGUGGGAAAGUGUGAUUGGUUGUUGACAUGACAACGACGUCAUGCUUGGAGAUACGAGGUUUUCGUCUGACAAGACUCAGACACUGGAUCAUGAAGUGAAUUUCAUUAAGAUCAAUUUAAUUGAUGAACAGUUUGUGAUCAGAUCGGAUCAGAACCUGAAGAAGAUGAUUGGACGUCAGAACCUGUUGAUGUGACGUAUUAACGUUUCUACCUCAACUGAUCACCGAUCAUAUUGAUCUGAUCAAUCAUAUUGAUUUUGUCACACUCUGCUCAUUAAAAUAAAAAAGUCC